UUGAAGCUAAAAAGAUCCUUCAUUCUAUUAAGGUGGCUUUCCGGGAAAUGGAAGAUAAUUUUAAAUUGGGUUCUAUGGCUAACACUUGGGAAGAUCUUUCGAUUCUUAAAAAGAUUGGGAUAAAGGGUCGGGCUGCUCCUCCACCGGAUUUUAUAAAUGUUUACUGGUGGCCACCUUCGAAUCAUUGGAUUAAAGUCAAUACAGAUGGUUCGGCGUUGGGGGCGCCGGGAAAGAUUGCAGCUGGGGGGGUCUUUCGUGACAAUCAUAGUACGGUGCGAGGUUGCUUUCAUAUAAAAGGUGGGCUUGGGUAUGCUUUUGAGGCUGAGCUUCUUGCCGUGAUCACUGCUAUUCAAAUUGCUCAUGAGCGUCAAUGGUUUUAUCUUUGGCUGGAGUCUGACUCUACCUAUAUUGUUCGUUUACUUCAAGAACGUUCUCUGCUUGUCCCAUGGCGCUUCAUGGCCUCUUGGAAAAGGAUUCUUGCUCUCCUUAAUAAUUUCCACCUUUAUGUUUCUCAUAUUUAUCGUGAAGGAAACAAGGUGGCGGACAUCUUGGCUGCUGAUAACAUGGUUGAGGGAUGGUGGGCGUUCGAAAUUGACGCUAUCAAAGCCGUCGUGCGUUUGGAUAUGUCUUCUCAUAGCCAUAUUCGUAUGGCUCCCCACUAGCUUGCUCAUGGGUUUUUGGUGCUUCGUUUCUCAAAACAGGAGAGCUUCGCUCGUUCGGGGCUUUUAUCAAACGGUUGGGGGGCCAACUAAGUUGUGUUCUGUCGAGCAGUUGGUGGGUGUUUCUGAUGUGUCAGUUACUUUGCACUACAAGGGCUGGAAUUAUCAUAGGGUGGGAAGUUUCUGGGGGUGGAACUAUAGGAGUCUCUGGGUGGCUAAGGAUAGGAGGUUUUUCGGGCACUCUACUGGCACUUUUCACAGUUUUUGGGUGCGCUCAAAACUGGGUCCGGCAGUUGGUUGUCUUCGUGGUAGCUCUGCGGUUCAAGCUUCUGCUUACCGGCAUCGAGGUUUUCGAACCGACAAGUUCUGGUCGUUGAUAUGUCGUGUUCGGCUCCGGCAGGAGCUUUUGCAUUUUUCUUGCGUUUCUUCUUUGAACUCUCGGAAAACUGUUGGCGGGCGAACUACGUUGCCCUUAGUUCCUGGCUAUUCAGUCGAACAGCCGCUGGAUGUCACGGGCGUGGCAUGUUCUUACAGUUUUGGUUUGAGGUGGUGGGUUUUGCAUAUCUCCGGGGGUGAGUUUUUUCGUAGGAGCAUUUCCUCAUACACCUGGAGGGCGUUCUUGGUUGAUCUGAUCAAGAUUUUUCGGUUGGAUGGUACGGUUUCUAUUUCCUCUAAGAAUUGGCAGAUGGUUCUCCUGCAUGUUUCCGUCCGUUCGGGGCCUUACUCUUACGCGUGUUCUUGGGCGAGCUCAAGGCUGGGGCUGGAGAGUUUGGCCUUUUUUGGUUGCUCCGCAGACGGUUUCUUAACCGUUUGGCGUCGAGGUUUUCAGAGCGGCGAGUUUUGGUCGUUGAUACGCCGUGUCUCGCUCUUUUUAGAGUUUUGGUACUUUGGGGACUGUCUUACUAAGCUUCUUCUUCAUAUUUCGCUCCACUUUUUUAUUUGCAGUUGGUUUAGUUGGGGGAGCUUCAGGCUUGAUUGCGCUCUCUGUUGGUGUAUUUUGUUCUCGUUUCUUCGUUUCCUUUCUAUGCUGGGCAGCCGAGGUAACCUAGGGACGAUGGUUAGGCCGGAGUCUCUGAGGGGGCCUCAUUCCGCUUCCACACAUUCUCUUGGUUCUUUUAGACGAGUACUCUUUUUCCUCAAGUUGAGGUUUUAAUGAGGCUCGGCCCUUAGUCUGCUUCUCUGUGCUUUCAAGGGUUUAGGUUUUUCGUUUCUUUUUUAAUAAAAUCUUAUUUU